ACAAAAAAAAAACUUCCAACAUCUAUCAAAACUGGGAUAGUAAAACAUCUUAAAUGUCCAAUAGAACUAAUAGACUCGUGUAAAGACUGGCAUGAUAUUGCUAAAAAUGGCGAUCCAAAGGCUGAAUGA